UGGGGAAGGAGGGAGGGGAGGGAGGCAGAGAAGCAAGGCGAGAGAGCGAGGGAGGGGGCGGCCAGGAGGAGAGAGGAGGAAGGCGCGCGGGCGGGAUGGCGCGCGACGAGGAGAACUAUUACGGCAAGCACGGAACACCUCAAAAAUAUGAUCCAACUUUCAAAGGCCCUAUUUAUGACAGAGGCUGCACGGAUAUCAUCUGCUGCAUCCUGCUCCUGGUUGCUAUUGUGGGCUACGUUGCUGUGGGAGUUGUUGCAUGGACACAAGGAGACCCCAGGAAGGUGAUCUAUCCAACAGAUAGCCGCGGCCAGUUUUGUGGCCAGAAGGGAACACCUAAUGAGAACAAACCUUUCUUGUUCUACUUCAACAUCAUGAAAUGUGCCAGCCCUUUGGUCCUGCUGGAAUUUCAGUGUCCCACCACCCAGAUCUGUGUAAGUAAAUGCCCGGAUCGGUAUCUCACCUACCUAAACGCCUACACAAAUGGGGCUUCUGGGGACCUUAAAUACUAUCAGCAGUUUUGCCUCCCAGAAUUUAAAGAUCUGAGAAAGAGUGUAACUGAAGUUUUGAAAGAUGGUGACUGCCCAGCCAUGUUGACUCCAAGCAAGCCCUUGGCUCGCAGAUGCUUACCUGCUGUCAGUGCUAGGAAAGGAGUCGUAAUGGUUGGAAAUGAGACCACCUUUAAAGAUGGAUAUGGGAAGACAAGAAAUGUGACAGACCUUAUUGAAGGGGCCAAAAAGGCAAAUGUGGUUCUUGAAGCAAGACAAGUGGCAAUGAAGAUCUUUGAAGAUUACACCGUUUCCUGGUACUGGAUAAUAAUAGGUCUGGUGAUUGCCAUGGUGGUUAGCCUCAUCUUUAUUGUCCUUCUCCGGUUCCUGGCAGGGAUCAUGGUCUGGGUGAUGAUAGUGCUGGUGAUCCUGGUGCUUGGAUAUGGUAUCUUUCACUGUUACAUGGAAUAUGCUCAGCUCAAAGGACAGGCUGGUUCUGACGUCACCUUGAGUGAACUUGGAUUCCAGACAGAUCUCCGUGUUUAUCUCCACCUGAGGCAAACCUGGCUGGCCUUCAUGAUCAUCCUCUGCAUUGUGGAGGUUAUCAUCAUCUUACUCCUCAUCUUCCUGCGCAAAAGGAUCCUCAUUGCCAUUGCACUGAUCAAGGAAGCCAGCAGGGCUAUUGGUCACGUCAUGACAUCAUUGCUGUUUCCCCUCUGCACUUUCUUCCUGGUGUGUCUCUGCAUUGCUUACUGGGCGAGCACAGCAGUUUUCUUGUCUACCUCUAAUGAAGCUGUCUACAAGGUUUUUAAUGAGUCAGAGUGUGCUUAUGCUGGAAAGACCUGCAACCCAGAGACCUUCAAUACUUCCAACAUCACCAAGCAGUGCACAGAUGCCCGUUGCCUUUUUGCCUUCUAUGGUGGUGAGACCGCCUACCACAAGUACCUCAUCAUCUUCCAGAUCUACAAUGUCUUCAUGUUCUUCUGGCUAGCCAACUUCGUCAUUGCCUUAGGCCAGGUCACACUGGCUGGAGCCUUUGCCUCCUACUAUUGGGCCUUUAAUAAACCAGAUGACAUGCCUGCAUUCCCCCUCUUUUCUUCCUUUGGCCGAGCACUCAGGUAUCACACAGGCUCACUGGCCUUUGGGUCUCUGAUUCUAGCUAUCGUCCAGGUCAUUCGGGUUAUUCUGGAGUACUUGGAUCAUAGGCUAAAAGCUGCUGAUAACAAGUUUGCCAAGUUUCUUUUGGUCUGUCUCAAGUGCUGCUUCUGGUGCCUGGAGAAGUUCAUCAAGUUCUUGAAUAGAAAUGCAUACAUCAUGAUUGCCAUUUAUGGCACCAAUUUCUGCACUUCAGCAAGAAAUGCCUUUUUCCUGCUCAUGAGGAAUAUCAUAAGAGUGGCUGUUCUGGACAAAGUCACAGAUUUCCUGCUUUUCCUCGGCAAACUUUUGAUUGUAGGAAGUGUUGGGAUACUCGCCUUCUUCUUUUUUACCCAUAAGAUAAAAGUGAUUCAAGAUACAGCACCACCUCUCAACUAUUACUGGGUCCCCAUUCUGACUGUAAUUGUGGGCUCCUAUCUUAUUGCCCAUGGAUUCUUCAGUGUGUAUGCCAUGUGUGUGGACACCCUCUUCCUUUGCUUUUGUGAAGAUCUGGAAAGGAAUGAUGGAUCUCCUGAGCGGCCUUAUUACAUGUCCCCUGAACUGAGAGAAAUCCUGCUGAAGGGGAGCCUAGAAUCUUCCAAAAGUGCCGAGAGCCAAGAAUAGGGGCAAGACAAGGGCACCAAGUGGGAAAGGUGCAAACACGCUGCAAGUGUCCCACUACCUACCUUGUGCACACACCUCUGUGAUCAGUGUGCAGUGGCUCUUCCUUUGUGGCUGCCCUGAUUCCUGGUGCAAACCUUGUGAUUUUGACGUUCUGGGAAAGUAUAAGGGUCACUUGUACCUAGCAAGUGGGAGAUUGUGGUGGUAUAUAACCUCUGUUCAGCAAAGAUUCAAGCACCAAAAGGUUAGAGCUGGAACUGGAGGUUCAAAUGUAUGUAAUGCUGAUCAAUGCUCUCCUCCACUGUGGUACCACUCAGGGUUGUCUUUAGCUCUCCUCAAGAUGCCAUCUUUGUACCAAGGUUGGCUAUUUAAGCAUACAUAAUCAAGAUAAAGAUGAUUGGUAUAAGAGUUUGCUUUAAACAAACAUCAGGUGCUUUCUGUAUUUUUGGUCCUUUGAUUAGGCAGAGCUGGGGCAGAGCCAUUCUGUUUGGGAAUGUCAAGCAUGGCUGCUGGGUGAUUCCAGAAAGAGGCAGGAAAUUCAGAGAUAUUGGUGGGUGCACCUUCUUUCUUUGUGAGUCGCUGUGGAGGGUUAAAUUCAUUCUCGUUGAGUAAGGAACUUCCAAGUUGCACAGGAUCUACAGAAAGAAAUUAGUGGAAGAGAAAUUGCUUGUCUUGUUCUGAAAUUUAAAAAAAUCUUCAUAGGCCUCUUUCUAUAUAGAGUUGAGGAUGUGUUCAACCAAAGCCUAUUUCUACCAGUACCUAGAAAUGUAUGGAAUGUACAUGUCUUCAUUUAUACUUUUUGACGCAUAGCGGUGUUCUGUGCAAUCCUUUUAGUGAACUGUUUUGAAUUUCUAGCAUGCCACUGAAAGUAUUGCUGCUUGCAGAAUUCUCUGAUCCAAAUACUGUUGUAUUUGCUUCUUUUAAACUUUUAUAAAGCUUGUUUUGAUGCAAAAGGAUGUGUUAUUUUUCUCUAACAUGUAAUCCUUUCAGAUGAUUCUUUUACUGGUAUCAAUUUUUGCUUCUUAUCUGGAUAGGCUUUUAUAGGUGUGCCAGAGAAAUGGAUACAUUACCUGUAUCAUUUCUCCCUUCAAAAUAAGUAAAUCAGAUGAUGUGCAGGUUGGGAACACACUUUUCAGCCUCAUUAUUUGCUUCAGGUGGACAGCACUAUUCAGCUAGUUUUGUGGUCCCUGGCAGCCCUAGCAGUUAUUGCUGCUGCCACCAUGGCCAGUAGAUGUACAUUGCCAACACUUACAGUGUUGAAAGGGGGAUCCUUUUCUUCCUCUCCUUAUGGAAGACAAGGAAAUGCUUCCUCUGUCUUGCCAAUCUGUGGGGCUCUGAUGUGGGAGGGCAGUGCCAAAUUGAGCAGUAGCAGUUGUAGGAAUUUUCUCUAAGGCCGAGUUUUAGCAUCAUUUGUCAAAUUCAGACAGCAGUGGUUAACUUCCAUUGGGUGGUUGGGUGGCAGGUCCAGUGGUGGUUCAAAAUAUUGUGAAGUUGCCUGUGCCUGUGUGAGGAAUGUUAAAGUCAAGAUGGUGCAACGGAGGCCGCAGUCAGAAGUGGGGAGGAGCUAUACAGUGUAAUGCAUUGGCUGGUUUUGUUGAAAAUGGUUAAUAUCCUCCUCACCUUGUUCCAAGUGAUAUCAAAACAUCCAGGUUUUGUCUUAACAAAGUCAGUGCCUUAUUCAGUGCUAAGAAAUGCUAAGCUUCGUGUUGCCUAGGUUUUUUUAAAAAACACUAUCCACUUAAAUUUUAUGACUUGAAAACAAUGCUUGGAGCACCUGCUUGUGAAUACGUUAAGUCACUUUGUCAUGUGAAAGUGACACGUUCUGAGUAAAUUUAUUUGUGGGAAGAUGCAGCAGCUUGUUAUUUUAAAAAGACAAAUUGUUACAAGCAGCCAUAAGUAAAAAAAGUAAAUACUGGCUUGUUGUCUCAAUUAUUCCUGAUAGUUACUUUUGGCUCAAGUGUCCUCCAAAGAGCAACACAGAACAAUUGAAACUGAUUGACAAAGUUGCGAAGUUGAAUAUAAAUAAAUUAAUGCAGACAGAA